AUGGAAAACACGGAUGCACGCACGAAAGAAGAUUGUAACCGGAUUUUAGAUGAACAGACAACAUAUCUUCAAAAGAUAAACACGGAAAUUCAGGAGUUUACUGCUAAACUUAACAAUUUAAAAUUUGAAUGUGAAAAUUUGGAAAAAGAAAUUGAAGCGCUUUCGAAAGAACGCGAACUCUAUGAGUCACAAGUUAUGAAAACCGUAUCAAAGAUGAAUAAUCGAUCGUUACAAGAGACAUGUAGAUCGUAUAUCUUUUCUAUAAGACUUUAUUGCCAAUUGGUGGAUAUUGAACUUCCGGAUCCAAAGAACGAGUUCAAAGAUUGA